AUGGCACAUGGAAAUUUAAACGAUAAGUGUCCUCGCGGACAAACACAUUGCCACCAACGAUGUUCAGCACAGUGUCAGCCACCAAGUGACACCAAACCCGUACCAGAUGCUUCUGGAUCUCAACAAUGGCUCCAGUAUACACAUACACAGUCUACUGGUGCUACAUGCAUCGCUCUGACCCCAAAUAGCCAGCGCCAUGGCGAUCAUGUCUCCUGCAGACAAAACAUACCAUAUUGGGACGACUUCAACGGUAUCAUCUACGAGAUACCUCACGGAAAGCCUCUCUCUCUGUUGAAGACGCCCUCGCAGCAGGCAGAUGGAGGACGAAGUGCUGAGCCGCAAAACUCCUGUGCUGAAAUUGUAGGAGACAGACCGCAUGGGAAGAAAGAUGUUAGUUAUACAAUACCAAGUCCCUCAUAUAUUGCACAAGAGAGCAUGCCUUACGGUGAGAAUGAGAAGCCCUCGGACCUCGCGUCAUGUGUCGAUGCAGAGGAGACGCAGAGCAAAGGAAGUCUUUCAGGUUCGACGAAAGAUGAGUUUUACGCCGGGGAAUCAGUUGAAGGAACAUCAUACACCGAAUAA